AUGAACAUAAAAGGACGAUUCACUUGCGAUUCGCAAGUGAAUUGCGAAGUAGGCACAGCUGAAGAUCUACCAAAAUACACACUCAUUCCUCUAGAAAACGCUCCUUGUACACCGCCAACUAGGACCAAAAAACUGAAAAAAUAUCUCCUAGAUAUAUUUGAAGACCCUGCCAAAAUUGACAAGCGUCUGGUCUCUGAAAUCCAAGCUCAGAAGAAAGGAAAAUAUAUACUCAGCAUACCCUCCCAUGGUCCCUUCACGCGCCUAUACCCAACUAAUCUCGAACCUCUUUCUCUCUUCCUCGCCUCCCUAAUUCUCGUCACUGCCGUCGCAGCUCCCUACACUAUAAUUUACGUUCUCACUGGCUGGCAAAAGAGACAAGCAACUUCCACCCAGAUCAAUUUCGCUCUUCACUGGCUAUGUCUGGGACAAUCAAGCGGAUUAUUUAUCGCGGAAUUUGCAAGAUAUACUAGGAGUUAUUGGGGAUGGAUACUACGUUUUGUAGUGCUGGGUACCGAUUGGGGAGUUGGUUGUUGUGGCGCAGGAAAUGUAUGA